AGCCGCAGUCCCCGCAACGCCCCGCGACCGACCUCCCCGCAGUCCGAGGAUCAGGAGGAGAUCCAGGAAGCGGUGCGCGCCUGCAGUCGCCUUUUCGGGGCCUUGCUGGAACGCGGAGAACUAUUUGUGGGCCAGCUGCCUCCUGAGGAGACAGUCAUGGCAGGGUCUCAAGGGGCAACGCGGAAGUACAAGGUGUGGAUGAGGCACCGUUAUCACAGCUGCUGCAGCCGCCUGGGAGAGCUCCUGGCCCACUCCCCUUUCGAGGUCAAGGAGCUGGCUCUUGGAACACUCAUGAAGUUCGUGCAGAUGGAAGGGACGUAUCCACUGGAGAAACCGAAGUGGGAAGGCCACUAUCUGUUCCCCCGCCCGCUCUUCAAGGUGGUGGUGGGAGGCCUGCUAUCGCUGGAGGAGGACUGCUCACUGCUCCUGUCCCAGUUCCGGGAGUACCUGGAACAUGAUGACAUCCGCUACCACGCCAUGCAGGCCGCCUCAGAGGCCAUAGCCCAGGUCACUGAUGGGCACCCAGAGGUACCACUCACCUUCUGGAACAACACUUUCGCACUGCUCUCUGCAGUGAGUCUGCCCUGGCAGGAUGGCACCCUCUCCAACUUCUAUGUGCAGCACCCAGAGCUGUCAGACAAAUGGAAAGUCGUUCAUUUGAGGGAGCACAAAAGAGCCUUCCAGCAGAUGUGGCUCAGCUUUCUCCAGCACAAGCUACCCCUCAGCCUCUAUAAGAAGGUGUUGGUGAUCUUGCACGACACCAUCCUGCCACACCUGGCCCAGCCCAGCAUCAUGAUUGACUUUCUCACCCGUGCCUAUGACCUAGGGGGCGCCCUCAGCCUCUUGGCCUUGAAUGGAUUGUUCAUCCUGAUCCACAAGCACAACUUGGAGUACCCUGAUUUCUACCGGAAGCUCUAUGGCCUCCUGGACCCAUCUGUCUUCCACGUCAAGUACCGUGCACGCUUCUUCCACUUGGCUGACCUCUUCUUGUCAUCCUCCCACCUGCCAGCCUACCUGGUCGCUGCCUUUGCCAAGCGCCUGGCCCGCCUGGCCCUGACGGCACCCCCUGAGGCCCUGCUCAUGGUUCUGCCCUUCAUCUGCAACCUGCUGCGCAGACACCCAGCCUGUCGCGUCCUGGUGCACCGCCCGCAGGGCUCUGAGCUGGACGCUGACCCUUAUGAUGCCGGAGAGGAGGACCCCGCCAAGAGCCGAGCCCUGGAGAGCUCCCUGUGGGAGCUACAGGCUCUCCAGCACCAUUACCACCCUGAGGUGUCCAAGGCCGCCAGCGUCAUCAACCAGGCCCUGUCGGUGCCUGAGGUCCCCAUUGCACCGCUUCUGGAGCUCACUACCUUCGAGCUCUUUGAGCAGGACCUGAAGAAGACGGGACCCAAGUCGGUGCCACUGGAAUUUAUCCCAGCCCAGGGCCUCUUGGGUGGGCAGGAUAGCCUCUGCGCCCAGUACUUCACACUUAGUUGACCCUGGGCCUGUCCCCCCAGUAAACAAUUUU